AAGAAACUUAAAUUCUGUUAUUUGUUUUGAAAUUCAAAAUUACUUUAAUGUUUCGCGAUAUGAGGCUUAGUAUAUACAAUAUUCAUGAAAAAAGUGGCUUAGAAUAUAUAGCCUUAGAGGUAAUCGCGUUUUGUAGGAUUAUUGUAUAUGCUUCGUAAAUGUUGAUGACUUGUAAGAAAAUCUGUGAUGACUACAAUGAGGAUGGGUGGCUCACAAGGUGAAGGUGAACAGAAUAAUAUGGUUGCCUUUCCUGCUCUUUCUUAUCAGAAUGACAUUAAUGACACACUGGCAGUCAAAGACACAGAAGAGGCUCAGAAGCCUGUGAAUGGUAUUGUGCAACCUCCUUUCAUACCUCCUCCAGAUAAACCUCACCGAAAUACCAACCAAUUGCAAUUUCUUUCAAAGGUUGUAAUGAAGGCAGUAUGGAAACAUCAGUUUGCCUGGCCAUUUCGUGAACCUGUAGACACAAUCAAACUCAAUUUACCAGAUUAUCACAAGAUCAUACCCAAUCCUAUGGACUUGGGAACAAUUAAGAAGAGACUUGACAAUUGCUGGUAUAACUCUGCAAGUGAAUGUGUUGAUGAUUUUAAAACAAUGUUUACAAAUUGCUAUGUGUACAACAAGCCUGGUGAGGAUAUUGUACUUAUGGCUGAAGCUUUGGAAAAACUUUUUUUGACCAAACUAGCUGAAAUGCCUCAAGAGGAAAUUGAAAUUUUACUGCCCACAAGUAAAGGUCCUGGUCUUAGAGGAAAAGGAAAGAAAGGAAAACGUGGCCCAAAAGGGAGAGUUCCUUCACCAACAACAAAUGUGAUGACAACUAACAAUAUAUUACCUACAACAGCCACUGAGACAUCUACUACAGUUACUGUACCUGUCACCAGUGUGCCAAACACUCAGCCUUCCGUCCAUCUGUAUAAUCAUCUAGAGCUACAGAACCCCCCAGUUUCAGCAGUGGCACUAUCUACCCUCCCAUGUAUUCCCACCUCUUGUUCUGCAACAUUUCAGCAACAGACAAUACCAUCUCAUGGUAAAAUAGCUGAUAGCAGUCGCCGUGGGACUGUAGAUGAGAUAAUUGAGAUCGUAGCUUCUACACCAAUUUCACAAGAUGACCUUGUUUCUUCCUUAACAAGCAGAGUUAAUCAUCACACAACUGCAGCUUCUGUUGUCACACCAUCAAAGGCAAAAAAAGGAAUAAAAAGGAAAGCAGAUACUACAACUCCAAUGACCAGUACACCAGUGACAAGUGAUGUUAAUGACAUAUCCAACUACCAACCUCUUCCUGAUUUAAAACCUCCUAAAAUGUCAGCAAGAAGAGAAAGUGGAAGGCCAGUUAAAAAGCCAUCAAAAGAACUUUCAGUUGGACAAGUUGAUUCUAACAUUAAGACAAAGAAAGGGAAACAGUCAGAACAGAUGAAGUAUUGUACCAAUAUUUUGAAGGAUCUCUUUCUCAAAAAGCAUGAGGAUUAUGCCUGGCCAUUUUAUAAACCUGUUAGUUCUGUGUUUCCUGGAUUGAAAGACUACCUUGAUGUUAUAAAGCAUCCAAUGGACUUAGGAAAUGUUAAGGAAAAGCUUGAAACUGGAAAGUACAAGUCACCGGAAGAAUUUGUAUCAGACAUCAGAUUAAUUUUUACCAAUUGUUACAAGUAUAAUCCACCUGAUCAUGAUGUUGUAGCCAUGGCAAGAAAAUUACAGGAUGUAUUUGAAAUGCUUUAUGCCAAAAUGCCUGAUGACUCAGCCAUGGCAGAGCCAGUUGCAGCCACACAAACGGUAAAGCCAGAAGAAUCCAGAAGUAGUAGUUCUAGUUCAUUAUCAUCUAGUGGUUCUGAUGGAGAAAAUGAGAACAGUGAAGAUGAAAGGCAACGAAAAAUACAGGCCUUACAAGAACAGUUGCGGGCCAUUACCGAACAGCUAAGCCUACUGGCAGCAGAAAGCAAAAGAAAAAAGAAGAAAAAAAAGAAAAAAAAAAUCCCUGAAGAAACUUUUCAGGAAAUAAAACCUGUGACAGAAGUCCAAACCUUAGAAUCAUCAGCAGUUCUCCAGCCUUCUGUUGUAUCAGUGAACAACACAGUGCCACCACCACCUCAACCUGCAAAAGAAGCACAUCAAAAUAAAAGUCAGAAACAAAGUAAAAGUAAGAACACAAAUACAAAGGCACAUGCUCAAAGUAAACCUGCAGGACAGAUUAAAAGAGCAAAGUCAAAUAGUAAAUCUUCAAAAAAGAGCAGUAAAAGUGCACCUGUGGUAUUUGACAGUGAGGACGAGGAUAGUGCAAAACCAAUGUCAUAUGAUGAGAAGAGACAGUUGAGCUUAGAUAUAAAUAAGCUGCCAGGUGACAAAUUAGGCAGAGUGGUUCAUAUCAUUCAGUCCAGGGAACCUUCCCUUAGAGAUUCCAACCCAGAUGAGAUAGAAAUUGAUUUUGAAACACUGAAGCCUUCAACACUUCGUGAACUGGAAGCAUAUGUAGCCUCAUGCUUACGAAAAAAACCAAGGAAACCAUACUCAAAGAGCAAAACAUCUGCCAAAUCGAAAGAAGAACAGGUAAAAGAAAAAAAAGAACUGGAGAAAAGGUUACAAGAUGUUAAUGGGCAAUUAGGAUCCUCUAAGAAACCUACAAAGAAAGAUCCUGAGAAUUCUCAUGUUGAUGUUGGUGGUCCAACUCGUCUAAGUGCCAGCAGUAGUAGUUCAAGUGAUAGUGAUAGCUCCAGUAGUAGCAGCACAAGUACCUCAUCUGACAGUAGUGAUUCAGAAUCAGGCUGCUGACAUAUUAAAGCUAGGUAGAAGUUAACUUGUGAAGCUUUCAUAGUUUGUAAAGGAAUUAUUGAUUGACUUUGCUUCAGUUGUAGGUUAGUGAAAAACU